AUGAGGUUGGGGCGCCUGCGUCGUCUGCUCAACCAGCAUACUACACUGGAUAUCCGAUGUGUGUCCUCUUUACUACUGCCUGGCUUGAUGGGCUUGUGUUUGGGGAUGACCCUCAGCAUGAUGUAUGCACCAUUCAGCGAUGACAGCUGUGAAACCUUUUUCGCCCACCAAGACCCACAGAGUUUGAUCAAACUCAGGGACACAAAGUCUGUAGACUCCAACACAGAUGAGAUGUAUGAGCCACGGCAGCUAGAUGUUGAAAAUAUAGACUUCUCUGCUUAUAAAUUAGACACUAAAGCUGGGUCUAAAUUUUAUAGACCUAAAUUUGCAGCAACAGAAUUAGGUAUUCGACAAAAGCUCUUUGUAGCUGUGCUAUCAUCAAAAGAUUCUCUUAACACCCGAGCUGUAGCCAUCAACAAAACACUUAGUCGUUAUGUCACGAAAACCGUGUUUUUCAUCGAUGAGAAAGCCUCUGUCAUUCCUUCAGGGAUGAUGAUUGUGAACUUUGAGGAUGGCUACAACCAUCUUCUACCCAUCAAUGUUUUAAAAUAUGUGAUUAGAAAGUAUGGCAAGGAGUAUGAUUACUACAUGUUUUUGUCUGACAAAGGAUAUGUACGGGCAGAAAAAAUAUUUGAUCUAGUCAGCCUUAUCAGUGUUAGUAAGCACGUCCAUCUAGGAGCCCCUAAAGCUGUGGAAGGUGGGAAAACUUACUGUGCUGUUGAUGGUGGUGUGAUUAUUUCUCAG